AAAAAAACUCUCAGUUCUUACCUUUCUGAGUUUUCUCGCUUCGUGUUUGUCUAACGUAGGAAAAUCAUUUGCAUUGCAAAGACUUAGUUUUGUCAUUCUUCUCCAGACAUCAAUUCCCUCGCAAAACGGCAUCAAUUUCUUCAUCCAGAAAUGGGUUGGUUUUCACUUUCCGAGACGCUUAACUCCAUCAAGUCCAUCCAGAUCAGACAAACCAUCUCUCAGGUCAUCACUCUAGGCUUGAUUGUGUCGUCGGCAUUGUUAAUCUGGAAAGGGUUAAUGUGUAUCACUGGCAGUGAAUCUCCUGUGGUUGUUGUUCUCUCUGAAAGUAUGGAACCUGGUUUUGCAAGGGGUGACAUUCUAUUUUUAAGUAUGAGCAAAGAUCCCAUUCGCGCAGGAGAAAUUGUUGUCUUUAAUAUAGAUGGACGUCCUAUUCCAAUUGUUCAUCGAGUAAUUAAGGUUCAUGAACGAACGGACACUGGUGAAGUUAAUGUCCUUACAAAAGGAGACAAUAACUUGGUAGAUGACAGGAUGUUGUAUGCCCGGGGUCAGAAAUGGUUGCAAAGGCACCAUAUCAUGGGGAGAGCAGUUGGGUUUUUACCUUAUGUUGGCUGGAUGACAAUAAUUAUGACAGAAAAACCUAUACUCAAGUACAUAAUUAUGGGCGCUCUUGGAUUGUUGGUCAUUACCUCGAAGGAUUAGGAAUACUUCCUCCUUUAUUGGAGUAGUUAAAGAGGCUACCAGAUAAAUGUUGUACUAGCUUACAAUUUUUUAUGAACUUAAGAAAGAAAAGAAAUAGAAUUUGGGACUUAAAAUUCUUGUAACAAGGAACUUGCCAACCGCAAGGAAUGUCAAUUAAUAUUUAAAUACAUUUACGGAAA